AUGUCGUCGUCUGCUUGCCAGUGGUGCGGCCCCUGCAAGAUCCUCGGCCCCAGGUUAGAGAAGGUGGUGGCCAAGCAGGAGGGGAAGGUGUUGAUGGCCAAAGUGGACAUUGAUGAUCACACAGACCUUGCUAUCGAGUAUGAGGUGUCAGCAGUGCCAACCGUGCUGGCUAUGAAGAACGGAGACGUCGUGGACAAGUUUGUGGGGAUAAAGGACGAGGAUCAGCUGGAGGCAUUCCUCAAGAAACUCAUCGGAGCCUGAAGUAAAAGGGUGGCUGUGCCUCUGCCUCUGGUCACGUCCACCUUGUGCAUUCCUUCCUCGGGAGAGCAGAGGGGCACGUGAACUGCCUGCCUUGCACAGCCCGGGGUUUUCUGCUAGUUUGGGGUUUUUAGGAGAUGGACGGUGUUGUAGCCUUUCCCUCCCACCCCCCUUCUCUCCAGCAGCAGUAGCUGUAAAGGGCGCUGAGGAGCGGGGCUGCUUAUUCUCAAAACGGGGAAUGCGGCUGGAAUUAGGAGCCGGUGUUUAUCAGCGAAGAGCUGACGUGCGGAGCCACCGCCGCUGCUGCUGCCGAGUUACGGGGAGGAAUGUUUUUCUCUUUGCCUAGCAUCUGAUAGCCCAGAGCAGAGGGCAGCUGCUCCCUGCAAGAUGUGGCUACAUACCUGCCCUGGGUGGGUUUGUUUAGAGUUGAGAAUGCCUCUGCCUUGUCUGUGAAACCUGUUCCUUGGUCCCUCUGUCCUCGUGUUGCUGGGACAGGUACAACUCCUCCACAAAUCCGUGGGCUCCUGGCAUAAUUUUGUAAGAGAAAAUAGAAAUAUUUUAUGGAUCUCCUUUUGCAGGUCUGUAAUAAAGAGAACUUUAUCUGUCACUGCUGUCUACCUGGGGAAUAAAAGUUGAUUCUCAGAAAC